AUGGGCUUCCUCUGGCUUCUCUCCUGCAUCACCGUCAUCGGGGCUGCCUUUGGCUGUGGGGUCCCUGCCAUUCCCCCAGUUUUCACUGGCAUAGAGAGGAUCGUCAAUGGGAAAAUCACUUUCCCUGGCUCCUGGCCCUGGCAGGUGUCUCUGCAGUACAGCACCGGCUUCCACUACUGUGGGGGGUCCCUGAUCAGCGAGUCCUGGGUGGUCACUGCCGCCCACUGUGAAGUCAGCACAUCCCAUCUGGUUGUGGCUGGAAUGUUUGACAAGAGAUCAAGGGAGAAUGUGCAGGUCCUGAGGAUUGCUCAGGUGUUUGACCACCCCAGUUUUAACAAACACAACUCCAGCAACGACAUCACCCUGGUGAAGCUGGCCACGCCCGCGCGCUUCUCCAGCAUCGUGUCCCCCGUGUGCCUGCCCAGUGCUCAGGACAGCUUCACCGCCGGGUCCCUGUGCGUCACCACGGGCUGGGGCAGGACACAUUACCAAGGCACGGGCUCCAACGUGCUGCAGCAGGCCACCCUGCCCCUCCUGUCCAAUGCCGAGUGUGAGAACAUCUGGGAGAAAGGGUUCCCUGACAUCAUGGUCUGUGCCGGGGCCAAAGGUGUCACCUCCUGCAAGGGCGACUCUGGUGGCCCCCUGGUCUGCCAGAAGGAUGGAGCCUGGAACCUGGUGGGCGUCGUGUCCUUUGUCAGCGCCAACUGCUACACCAAUUAUCCUACUGUGUGUGCGCGGGUCACUGAGUUCAGGCCCUGGAUUGACGAGAUUCUGACUCAAAACUAAGCCCUGAUUCCUCCAUCCCUGAGUUUUGCCAAUAAAAGAAGU